UCUCUCUCUCUCUCUCUAUAUAUAUAUAUAUAUAUACAUAACUACAUAUCAUUCUCAUUCAUAAACCAUCCAAAGACUAUCAGACUCUUUCAAAGCACACAUCGCAAUGAAAACCGUUUUGGACUCACAUUUCCUUGCUCUCACCGCGAUUGUCACCGUUGCCUAUCAAUUCCUGUUUUUCGUUAUCACAGCACUUCUUAAAUUCGAUAAAGUCACUGAUUUCGCAGGUAGCACCAAUUUUAUUAUACUUGCUGUCCUCACCCUGGUUCUUAAAGGCUCGUGGCAUUUCAGACAGAUUGCGGUGAGCUUUUUGGUGGUAAUAUGGGGUCUUCGUUUAGGAAUCUUUCUGUUGAUGAGGAUUUUACAAUGGGGAGAAGAUCGACGUUUUGAUGAAAUGCGUGCCAAUAUUGUAAAAUUGGCAGGAUUUUGGACAUUUCAGGCAGUUUGGGUGUGGACUGUUAGUUUACCAGUAACAAUUGUUAAUGCAAGUGACCGAAAUCCAUCUCUUCAACCUGUGGACAUAAUAGGGAGGAUUAUGUGGUUAGCCGGUAUAGUAAUUGAAGCUACAGCCGAUCGACAAAAACUGAAGUUCAAAAACAAUCCAGAAAAUAGAGGAAAAUGGUGUAAUAUUGGUGUGUGGAGUUACUCUCGACAUCCCAACUACUUUGGUGAGAUUCUUCUCUGGUGGGGAAUUUUCGUCACGUCAACUCCUGAACUUGAAGGAGCAGAAUGGCUUGUUGUCAUUGGGCCAAUUUUCCUUACAUUAUUGUUGCUUUUUCUAAGUGGAAUGCCUUUGCUUGAGGAAUCUGCCGACAAGAAAUUUGGUAAUGUGACAGAGUACAGGUUAUACAAGAGUACCACAAGUCCUCUAAUUCCGUUUCCACCAAUUUUAUAUGGAUCUUUGCCCUCAUGGUUCAAGAUGAUAUUCCUCUUUGAAUAUCCUCUUUACAGCCGAAACUUGCCUCAAGAAGGAUGAGAAUCGAUGCAGAGGAAGAUCUGUGAAACAACAGUAGCUUAAAGAUUCAUUUAGCCAUAUUACAGUCAGGUAAGGUCAGAUUCUUGAUCUUUUCUCUAAGCCUCCAUUUUUAGUUCUUCUCAUUAGCCAGAAUAUAGAGACAUAUAGAUCAUUAUUUUUGCAGUCUUGAUUUGGUUUUAGUUAUUAUCGGGAUUAUAGUGUGGUUUAUUGCUUCAUUUGCUAUAAAAUUAUUUCUGAAAAACA